ACUGCCGCCGCCGCCGGGAUCUGCGGUUCGCCGCCGCACAUUCCACACGCGGCCCAAACAGCCUCGCUCUUUCAAAGACCCCUCUUUCCGCCUUUCUUUUCUCCUGAGGCUCUUGGAAAAAUUGGAGAAGGCUUAAAUACAAAGUAAAUCAACUUUCAUGGAGAUUUCGAGGAUUUAAAAGACUAAACAGGACGUCCAUCUUGCAGCGAAAGUGCGUGUUCCAUUAGGCAUGUGGAUUUACCCCGUAGCCUUCUUUCUCCCCUCCCACCCCCCCCGCCUUCACCGAAGCGGAUGAAAACAAACAGUGACGAUGGCGGCGCCAGGAAGCGACCGGCUGCUGGGCGUGAGGCAGGAGUGAUCGCUUGACCAGUGAGGGAACCCCUGAAGAGCGCCGGUCGACGGGACUGCGACAAAUCGCGCGAUCUUGGGAGCAAAACGCCCGAGGCCUGCGAGCCAGGAGCCUCCUGAAGCGUGAGGUAUCUGUCUGCGACGUGUGCUGUCACUGCAGCCCCGGAGCGCGGAACCCUCAGCCAGCGGCGCGGCUGGCCGGUCCCAGGCUCAGGCCUUCGUAAUGAGAGCCCCGAGCCUCUCUGUGUGCCGCAGCUUCGCAGUGGAACGACCUGUGGAAACCAGCGAUCCAUUCUCAUUAAAUUAAUCUCUGGAUUCCUAUAGGCAAUGGAAACUGAUCUCAAUUCCCAGGACAGAAAGGACCUGGACAAGUUUAUUAAAUUUUUUGCCCUUAAGACUGUCCAAGUGAUUGUCCAGGCUCGACUUGGUGAAAAGAUUUGCACCCGUUCAUCUUCAUCCCCAACUGGUUCAGAUUGGUUCAAUUUAGCAAUCAAAGACAUCCCAGAGGUUACACAUGAAGCAAAGAAGGCACUGGCAGGGCAGCUGCCUGCUGUCGGAAGAUCUAUGUGCGUGGAGAUCUCACUCAAGACUUCUGAGGGAGAUUCCAUGGAGCUGGAAAUAUGGUGUCUUGAAAUGAACGAAAAGUGUGAUAAAGAAAUCAAAGUGUCCUACACGGUGUACAACAGACUGUCAUUGCUGCUGAAAUCUCUCCUUGCUAUAACUAGGGUGACACCAGCCUACAGACUCUCCAGAAAACAAGGGCAUGAAUAUGUCAUAUUAUACAGGAUAUAUUUUGGGGAAGUUCAGCUGAAUGGUUUAGGAGAAGGCUUCCAGACAGUUCGUGUUGGGACAGUGGGCACCCCUGUGGGCACCAUCACUCUUUCUUGUGCUUAUAGAAUUAACUUGGCAUUCAUGUCUACCAGGCAAUUUGAGAGGACCCCACCUAUCAUGGGGAUUAUUAUUGAUCACUUUGUGGACCAUCCCUAUCCCAGCUCCUCUCCCAUGCACCCCUGCAAUUACAGAACUGCUGGUGAGGACACUGGAGUAACAUAUCCAUCUGCGGAAGACUCUCAGGAAGUAUGCACCACUUCUUUUUCCACUUCUCCUCCGUCACAGCUAAUGGUUCCUGGGAAGGAAGGUGGGGUACCCCUUGCUCCCAACCAACCUGCCCACGGCGCCCAGGCUGACCCAGAGAGAUUGGCAACCUGCACCCCUUCUGACGGGGCCCACUGUGCUGCCACACCUUCUAGCAGUGAGGAUACUGAAACCGUAUCAAACAGCAGUGAGGGACGGGCCUCCCCCCACGAUGUGUUGGAGACCAUCUUUGUCCGAAAAGUGGGGGCUUUUGUCAACAAACCCAUCAAUCAGGUGACUCUGACGAGUUUGGACAUACCUUUUGCCAUGUUUGCUCCCAAGAAUUUGGAGCUGGAGGAUACUGAUCCCAUGGUGAAUCCUCCAGAUUCCCCAGAGACGGAGUCUCCUCUCCAAGGCAGCCUGCACUCUGACGGCUCCAGCGGGGGCAGCAGUGGCAAUGCCCAUGACGACUUCGUCAUGAUUGACUUCAAACCAGCUUUUUCUAAAGAUGACAUUCUUCCGAUGGAUUUGGGGACCUUCUAUCGUGAGUUUCAGAACCCUCCUCAGCUGAGCAGCCUCUCCAUAGAUAUUGGAGCACAGUCCAUGGCCGAAGACUUGGACUCGUUACCAGAGAAGCUGGCUGUGCACGAGAAGAAUGUUCGAGAGUUUGACGCCUUUGUAGAAACCCUGCAGUAAAAGUGUCCUGGAGGACACUUUUAGUAGCAUCCCCCUUUUGUGGCCCCAGGGGACAGAGAGCCUCGCGUGCAUUAGCUGCUCCCAUCCCUCAUCCUGCUCCAAGCCAGAUGGAAGGGAGGGUGGUUCCCCCAUGGGGACCCAAAAGUCUCUUGCUCUUGGACGUCCUGGAAACCCCUUGGCGGCAGUCACCCCAGUACCAGCGUUUGAGAGGACUCACCCUCUGGCCUUGGAGGGGGAGAGACCCUUUGUACAAAGGGGCCCUCAGCAGAGCCAUAAUCAGCUGCUUCACAAGGGUGUCACCCUGUUCCUCCUGCUGCCAGCCCCCUACCUGGGCCUGCCCUGAAGCUGGCCCCUUGCCUGCCUGCUGUUGCCAUCAACCAUUUGACAUUCCAACUGGCGGCCCAGAAACUGGUGCGGAGGCAGAAAGAGGAAGGAGACAGUGCUGGGAGGAAGGAGGAGAGGGACUUUUAGGUUUUUCGUUGUCUCUUUCACCUCCUGCUAGCUUCUUCCUCUUUCUGUCCCUCUCUCUGCCACCUGUGCCUGUACUUCUGGCAAUAUGACAGGCCUGCCUUCCCAAGAUAGAACUCCAAGGCCAGCCAUUCCCACCUGAAGGUGGUGCGGCCCUUCCUAGGGGGUCAGAGCAGCUCUAGGGGAUGCCUGUGCUCAGCUCCUCAGCAACACGGGAAACAAACAGAAUCCUGUGUCUCUAGGAUUCUGUCACCGGGAGUCAUGACAUAGUUUCUCUUUCCUUCCCCAUUGCUGCUCCUUGGUUAUAGAACAUGGUAAAUAUUUAUUACUUUCAGAGAAUUCAGAUAUUUUAUAGAGAAGAUACGUUUGAGGUUAGAUGUUUUCACUCGGGGAAGGUGGGGGGCCUCUUCCCGGGACAGAGGCCUCCUCCUGUGGAGGCUCUUCAGAGUCUGGGCUGCUGCUCUGAGGAUCUUCUUUCAAGGCUAGGGCUGGCUGAGGGCCACAUAACCUCCUAGAACUGCUGCAUUUGAGCUGACAAAGGCUUAACCCCAGACACUGACAUGUUCCUGGUGAGAGCUGUACAUCUCCCACGGCUUCUGCAGAGUGCCUGACUCCAUUCUGGCUGCCCAGGAAGUCUUGGGUGCUAAAUGUGAUGACCACAUGUAGUGCCCAAGGAACUUUGUGUGUCCCUCUCCUGCUGGGAUACUUGUUCCUGAUCCUUGGCACUGGACUACAGAGCUUUUCCUCCUGCUGCAUAGGCCUAGCCACCACCUCCCUUUAGUCCCUGGGUCUGUACACUGCCCUGGGGUUUACUAGCUAGAUUGGCUCCUUGUUGAGAAACCAAAGCUGGGCAUGUGAUUGACUUAACCUUUCAGGUAUUGUUACUUGAAUAAGUCAAGUGCCUAGCCGCAGCCGCCUCCCUUCUGUCCUCCAGCCUCCCUGGCAGCCCUGACCGUGGAAGCUAGGCCUGGCCCGCCUAGGGUACUCAUUGGCGGCAGCUGUGCUUCAGUGGAGCAGGUGGCUCUCAACUGCUUGUUGGUAAACUGCAUGUGACAUUGUUCCAUCUACAAGACCUCUGAGGGCCAGGGCAGGCUGCUCUGGAGGGGAGCCCUGGCCCUGUGCAUGCUUCAGCUGCCACAGAAAAAUGUUCCCAGCAGUGGUGGCCAGCUCCUGUCUUUGGGCCAGAGCUCAUGUGUGGCCUGCUGAACCAGAUACACCCCAAAGCCCCAGCCCUGAGAGGGGAAAGGCCCCUGGUAGAUUAUUGAUGCCUUCCCACCACCCACAUCGCAACUGCUGCCCUCUAGGUCCUUGCACAGAAAGGCCUGCUGGCCACCGUCCAGAGCAGUCCUCUUUGACGCCCUGUUGGCCUCUGUGGGCAGCAGCCUUUCACCAGGCCCCACCCAUGAAGAGGCCAGGGAGGCUCCGUCCUGACUUUGAGCCGACCCUGGGAGGAACAAGGCAACUGUCAGGCUGGCCCUUGCCCCUCGGCCCUGUACCGUAACAGGUAUGAGCCCUAGACUGACUCUUGCAGCACCCGGGGAUAGGCUGGGACCAGCCAUCUGUCUCUAGGUGGCAGAGUCCCUCCUCCUCCUCCUCCAGCCUACUUUGUUUGGAAAUACUGAGCUACACUUCAAAAUGUAUUCAAGAGAUUUCCAAUAAAAUUUUUUCUGUACUUUACA